AAAACAUCAACGCUGAACGUCACCGUGGAAACUCAACCGAGGGAUAAACAAACAUGCCUGCAUAAUUGAUUGCAAGUGAGCCAUUGGAUGCUCACCUACACAAAAAGUAUUACAGCAGAGGCAGCAUGAGGGGGAAGAAUGGAGCAAGAUGGUGGCCUCGGAUUCUAUCUUAUACAGGUUCCUCUCCAGUAUCAGACCAACACAAAUUGAUAACGAAAGAUGUAGAAAACACUUUACCGGAAGAACCAAGGAAAUCAAAAUUUGGUGAACGACAUGUUUUGAUAACUCUGCUGUUCUUCGGAUUUGCGGUUGUGUAUGCCAUGCGAGUCAACUUGUCUGUAGCCAUAGUUGCCAUGGUUAAGAAUCGCCCUCAUACCAAGAAAGUCUCACAGGAGUAUGAUGACACCUGCCCUCUUCCAGCAACUCAGAAAUCAAAAGAUGCAGCUAUGGAGACAAAUGGAGAGUUUGACUGGGAUGAGCAGACUCAGGGAAUGGUGCUUGGUUGUUUCUUCUACGGGUAUCUUCUGACAAAUUACAUAGGCGGCAGAUUAGCAGAGAGGUUCGGAGGGAGGCUGGUGUAUGGUCUUGGCGUGACCCUCACAGCUGCCUUAACCGUCAUCUCACCUUAUGCCGCAAGACACUCAACCAGUGCUUUUGUCUUCAUUAGAAUACUUGAAGGAAUGACAGAGGGUGUGACGUUUCCGGCAAUGAAUGUGAUGAUGUCGUAUUGGAUUCCACCUCAAGAAAGGGCACGCUCACUCACGCAAAGUGUUGGGGGUUGCCAGUUCGGAACAGUGGUAACUCUCUCAAUUAGUGGCUGGCUCUCGCAGACGGAAUGGGGUUGGCCAUCUGUGUUCUACUUGUUCGGCGUGCUUGGUCUAGUGUGGGGCUAUUUCUGGUUCAGAUAUGCCUAUGACUCUCCUGAUCAGCACCCACGUAUCACAGCAGCUGAGAAAUUGUUCAUCAAGCAGGGUAUUGGAGACCAUAGGAAGAGUGAGAGUCUUCCAGUCCCGUGGCACUCCAUCCUGACCUCAACCCCCUUCGUGGUGGUCAUGGUGACUCAUGUAGGUAACAACUGGGGCUUCUACUGCCUGCUCACGGAACUCCCUACGUACCUGAAAAAUAUGCAGCAUUAUGACAUGAAAGAGAAUGGUGUUGUGUCAGCUUUACCUUAUUUGCUGAUGUGGAUGUUUAGUUUAAGCUAUUCAAGAUACAUGGAUCAUCUGCUGGAGAAACAGGUCUUAUCAACAAGACAAAUAAGAAGGCUGUCAAUGAUCAUUGGGAACUACAUUCCAAUGAUUGCUGUUUUGCUUGUGCCUUGGGCUGGUUGUGAUGGCAGAUUAGCUGUUGCGCUGAUCUGCCUUGCUGUUGGAGCAACUGGUGCUACAUUUUGUGGCUUCCAUUGUGCAUUUCAGGAACUAGCACCAAACUUUGCUGGUACUUUAACUGGAAUAUCCAACACACUGGCAACUAUCCCAGGAUUUUUAGCUCCUGAGGUUACAGGAGCCAUAAUCAAUAACCAGCAAACUUUAAGCAGAUGGAAGGAAGUGUUCCAGUUGGUGUCUGUUGUAUACUUCAUUGUGUGCACUCUUUAUCUCAUCUUUAUGUCACCAGAAGUUCAGCCAUGGAAUGAAGGGCAUACUGAGAAACGGAGAUCGGCAACCAAGGAGGUUGCAUGAGUAAAGGCACUAACGUACCCUAGUGUACAACAGUGAUUUAAGGGAGAAUGCAGUAUUUGCUGUUUCAGUUGGCAAGUUUUAAUUGCUUUCUUCGGGAUGAUUUGAGUAAGAGUAUUUGCAGGUUCGGGCUGCAUAAGAAGAGAUUGUUAUUCAUUAUUAUUAUUAAUUUUUAUUUAUAUAUUUAUUUUUAUUUUUAUUAUUAUUUUUUAGAGGUGUUUUAUUUAUUAUAAACAUGCAUCGUGAAUGGAAGAAAAAAAGUGGGGAAUAUCUCAAAGUAUUUAUGUAUUGUCUAUCAUAUCCAUCCCACAGCAAAUAUAAUAUACAGUGCAUUGUCUCAUGGUAAUGUCGUGGUAAUGCUUCCGUGUGCAGGAAAUUCAUGGAUGUUCAGCUAUUUAUUUUGCUUACUUUACUUAAAUUAUAUUGUGCUUUAUGUAUAUUUUGCAUGACUCAUUUCCUCACGAAGUUAAUUAUAGGUCCAUAUGCACACAGACACCUUUCCUUCAGUACAGCAUUAGUGAUUUUGAAAUAGAUGAACUCUGUACUUGACAUAAUGCUUUUUUAAAGAGUAUCAUCUAAUAGUCAAAAUAUUAUAUGGCAUCAGUAACAGAGCAUUGUAAAUUUGCUUAGAAUAUUUAUUAUUUAUUUUUCCUGUAUGUUUGGAAUUUGUGAAGUAAAUUCCAUGGUGUAAACAUUACUAUACGGGAGCCUGACUUUGCAGAAAGUUGACACAGAAAUAAGAUGUUAAUUGUGCAUAAUGAAAGCAUGAUAUUUACCCUGUGUAAUUUGUGAUUCUGAAUUAAUUUGUUACUGUUCUUAAGUAACUAAUCAGAGGAUUCAGUAUAUUUUGAUAAAUAUUGCAAUAGAUGUACACAUUUCAUAUUUGAUAUAAGUUUGGGUCAUGAGUUGCAUAUUUGCAAAGGAUAGUUCAAGUAAAGGUCUUAAAUAUUUACUUAAUUUGCAAAGUCAGGGUUAUCAUAAUUGAUGUUAGGUGGUGUAUAUACAUGUUUUUAUAUGCUUUUAAAAUUUUGUUUAGAAUCUUUUGUUUUCUUUUUAUGAAUUAAUGAAAAAAUGUGUAUACUGGACUUUUAAAAGGAUUUUUUAUUUCUUUUCUUUAUUUUUUUUCUAUUGUGGAUUCUCAGACUAGCCAUUUAGUCCUUUUAUAUGACAGGAAACUUUCAUACAUUAUAACAAAUAACUUUUUAAAAGUAUGUGUUCCUUUUCUUUGAAAUUUAAACUUAAAAUAAUGUAUUGAAUCAUCUUCAUUUUCUUUUGUGAAGUUCUCUAAAAUGUGCAUGUGUAUGUGUGAAUGUGAGCCUGCUCCAUUACGUCUCAUUUUAAGGUAGAUAUCCAGUGAAUAGGUACUACAUUUGCAUUCCAGUAUGCGCUUUGACAAAGAUGUGAUCAUUCCAUGGCUAAUGAUGUCAUUUUAUUAGCUGUACUCCUUGCUCAAUUAUUGUUUCUUAUAGAGGCAGUCUUUGUGUACCACUUAAUGACAGUAUUGGUCCAACUAAGUUUUGAUAUUGUAGACAAGAAUCUGUCCAUAUCUAAAAAUUAUACUAUAUUGCAUACCUUUAUAUUGUUGAUUUAGCAUAAUUGUAUGGUACAGUUUACCACUUAAUUUAUGUUACAGUUUUGUGGAAUAGCUAGCAUAUCUGUUUCAUUAUUUGGGUCUACAUAUUUUAUCCUGCUUAAUAAUAGGUUGUUAAAUGAUCUGGUGUGCAGAGGACUAAAUGAACACGUACAGAUCUCUGCAUUUUCUUCAUGGUUCUUUGUAUGAUGAUCAUUCCAGCAUAAUAAUUUUUUGACAGUGCCAUUUUGAGUAGUAUUCAUCUGUGAGGUGUAUGGGUUGACAUUUUUUUACCUUCUCAUUGCAAAUAAACUGAUGAGAGCAAAGUCCUCCAUGCACAUAGGCCAAAUAAGAACAAGAAAAUUCCAUGUCCCGGGUAAAUGAGCUUUCGUUUUUGUGUGUAACCAUUUGUGUGUGUGUGCUCAUGAAAGUGAAUGAAUAAUUGUACCUGUGAAUGGGCACCUGUUUACCUGUAUAUGUUUGUGUGGGCAUCUAGGCAUGUAUGUUUGAAUGAGUUUUGGUUCACUUGGUUACAGUGUGUAGGCAAGAAUGAUUUCUUUUAUGUGUGAAUGCACAGUUGCUUGUAUGUCAAUCUCUGCAUUUCCUUUCUUAAUACAUGGACCAUAAUUUCAUUUACCCCCAAAUAAACCCAACAGUUAACGUUGGCAGCACAAUAGUCAAGAUUGCAUUUACCAAUGUAUUUUUAUAUAUAAAUCAGUAUUUAGACCAUUCAGUACUUAUUUUAUGGAUGUGAUUAGUACUGUUCUCACUCACCGCCAUGGAACUUCAAGACUCCAUAGCAAUUCAGAAUGACACUUGUAAAAUGCCAAAAUGCGUAGUUUGAAACUAAUCUUUCCAUAGUCUUCAGGGUAAAGUAGAAAGUACACCAAUUAUGGGCUUCCAGAUUUAUAGCAGCGCAUUUUGUUCAAAUCCACAUAAAGACAUUGUUUAUUGAAAUUUUAGAAUUAUGAGUCUGUCAUGCAUUCAAGUUUUAGUGAGUCUGCUUUUCCAUUUAAGCUUCAUGAGCAUUCAUGACUUUAUAAAAUCAUGACUUUGUUCCACCAUUCCUAUAAUUAUAUAGUAUUACCACAAGUAGUUUAGUUUUAAAUUCAUGUAUCUCUUAUAUUAUCUGAAGUAACUGUAAAGAUCUUGAAAUUAUGCAUUGCUCAAAAUGUACAGCAUCAGAGUAAACUUUUAUUCACAGUCAAAUUAAAUAAAAUUUUGUAUUGUUUCCAUCCAUUUGCAGUAUAGUAUUUUUUUUCAUAUGCUAUUUUUAAAGUUGUUUGUUGGAGGGAGAUGUAGAGGGUCUUCCAGAUAAAGACUUUGUUAUUCAUAUAUUUGGAGGCUGUUUUAAUUCUCUCUGUCUAACCUAUGAUCAUCAUUAUUACAUUCUGGGUAUAAUUUUUUGGGUCAUGCUUGCGAUUGUCUAUUAAUUUCUCUAUUUGGACAUUAACAGUAGUGAGGGAUGAAUUAUAUGGUUCUGACUCUUCAUACAAUUGCAAAGGCUAUAUUUGAUAGUGUAGAUAUGUAUGUUUAGAACCAUGGUAGUGCCGAUCUUAAAAGUCUAAGGUUUUAAGUGACAGGUUACUCGUUUUUUUUUUUUUUUUUUUUUUUUGUUCUUAUUAAUGAGUCAAGUAAAGUGUGGCAGUAGAGUGAUAAGAUGUGAUGACGAGUGAUGUGAUGAUGUGUUAUUUCACGUGAUUGUGCAGGUGCUGAAUGUUACAUGUUAUUUUGUGAUGAUUUAGGGGUGAAAAGAGAUCCCGGUGCUCACUGGCCCAGGGUAUGUUAAUUCAAAUGAAUAUUAGAAUUUUGUAGUAUAAUGGGCCCUUAGAUUUUAAUUGUGAUGUAGUGAGGAUAGUCUUGUUAUUUAUAGUGUAUUAGGAUUUAUAAAGCUAGUUUGCGGCAUAGAGUAACUUCGAGCUCAAUAUAGAGUUUGGCACUAUUACAUUUGAUUCAGAAUUGAUCUAUAGAUGAAGUGUGACAUAUUUUGAGAUCAUAAUGACAGGUGAACAUGACAAACAUGACAGAUUAGUUCAUAAGAUUUAGUAGUGCACCGACAAUACAGCUUAGUAUUUCCUUUGAAAUAUAUAUAUAUAUAUGAGUUUUUUUUCCUGUUUCAAAGCUUAUGUAUUUUGGAAGUAUUAGCAAGGAUGUUGUCAACAGAAGUCUUAAAAUUGCUUUUUAUGAAAUAUUUCACCAUGUUUCUGAACUAUAAAAUUAUAAUUGCUCAGGACAGAGAAUAAAAAAAAAGUGUAGAUAUGCAGAUAUCUGUAUACAAGCCAAUAUUAUUAUUAUUAUUAUUAUUAUUAUUAUUAUUAUUAUUAUUAUUAUUAUUAUUAUUAUUAUUAUUAUUAUUAUUAUUAUUAUUAUUAUUAUUAUUAUUAUUAUUAUUUAUUUAUUUAUAUAAUUUUAGGUACAUUGUGAGGUCUUUAGGCAUGACAAUUUGUUUCCAAAAAAGGCACCUUAUGUUAAUGUUUUGGGAGGGUAUGACUAAUAUAGUAAUAUACAUUGGUAUAGGGAUUAAAAUAGUCUGCUGUAAAUAUAUAGUGCUAUGUAUAUUUUAGACCUAUAUAUCCAUUUUAACAGAAGCAUUAUUUAUAAUACUAAUCAGCAAUGAGAUUUUAGCAAAGAUAUAUAAGAAUUUUAAUUUUGUGUGUGUGUUAGUAUAUGUGUGUGUGUGUGUGCGUGUGCGAGUGUGUGUGCGGGUGUGCGUGUGUGCGAGUGUGUAUGUGGGCGUGCGGGUG